CAUCGCUGAGAACGCUGGGAAAUUGAGUCCAGCGUGGUCAAUAAUUCAAGCCCUCUACAUUCGUGUCUUUCUCCGCCGCUAACAAGAUAUGCCGGCCGUACAUCACAAACUCCUCUUGGAGGACGCAUUGCAAGACAGUCCUCAGACUCGCUCCCUGCUCAGCGUGUUCGAGGAGGAUGCGGCGAACCUCACCGACUACACCAACCAGCUGCUGCAGUCUAUGCAGCGUGUGUAUGGAGCUCAGAGUGAGAUGGGUUUGGCCACAGAGCAACUCUCCCGCCAGCUUCUUUCAUACGAGAAGAAAAAUUUCGCUCUUGGGAAAGGUGACGAAGAAGUCAUCGGUACGCUGCAGAACUUCGCUAAAACAGUAGAGGAGCUCAACUCCCUCCACUCAGAGCUCGCCAACCAGAUGGCUGACACCAUGGUCUUCCCCUUGAUCCAGUUCAGAGAAAAAGACCUUACGGAGAUCAGCACGUUGAAGGAAAUAUUUGGUAUCGCUACUGACGAACACGAGGCAGCCAUGGUCAAAUACAGCCGUUUACCCAAAAAGAAGGAAAAUGAGAAGCUGAAAGCCGACCUGGUCAAAGAGGUAGCAUACACCCGUAGGAAGCAGCACCAGGCCUCGCUGCAGUAUUACUGCGCCCUCAAUGCCCUGCAGUACCGUAAGAGGGUUGCCAUGUUGGAGCCCAUGCUGGGCUACACGCAGGCACAGGUCAGUUUCUUCAAGAAAGGCCUGGAGCUGGUGUCAAAGAAGAUGGACAGCUUUCUCUCCUCUGUGACCAACAUGACGCAAAAUAUCCAAGCUCAGCUGGACGCUGAUGCAGAAGCCAUGCGGGUGUCCCAGAAGGAGCUCUUGUCUGUGGAUGACUCGGUCUACAUGCUGGACCAGGACACCGAGCCUGUCAAUCGCACACUGAUCCAGAAGGCGGGUUUCCUCAACAUCAGGAAUAAGACGGGCCUGGUGACCACCGCCUGGGACCGCCUCUACUUCUUCACGCAGGGGGGGAACCUCAUGUGUCAGCCCCGGGGGGCGGUGGCUGGAGGCAUGGUGCUAGAUCUGGACAACAGUUCCGUCAUGGCCAUCGAAUGUGAAGAUAGACACUACUGCUUCCAAAUCACAUCACCAUCUGGAAAAACGUCAAUGAUUCUACAAGCAGAGAGCAAAAAGGAAUACGAGGAAUGGAUCUGCACUGUGAACAACAUCUCCAGACAGAUCUACCUGACUGACAACCCAGAGGCCGUAGCUAUCCGCUUGAACCAAACGGCCAUCCAGGCCGUCACGCCCAUCACCAGCUUUGAGAAGAGGCAGGAAGGCUCACCUGACCCGGACAGAGCCAAACCAGGAGGUGUCUACUCCACCAGCACGGCCUCCCAGAAGACGGGAGCAGCUCCGGAACCGGAAGACCUGAUCGCCCCAGGGACGCCCAUACAAUUUGAUAUUGUGCUGCCCGCCUCUGAGUUCCAGGACCAGAACAGGGUGGACGGGAGGCGCACUAAUCCAUUUGGAGAAACCGAUGACGACCAUUCCCCCGAAAGUGACGACGCCCUCUUGCAGCAGGUGUUUGCCGUGCGCUUCCUGGGCUCCAUGGCGGUACGCUGCGGCGACAACCAGGAGGUGAUCUACGAGGCCAUGAGGCAGGUCCUGGCCGCCCGGGCCAUACACAACAUCUUCAGGACCACCGAGUCCCACCUCAUGGUCACCAGCAGCACCCUACGGCUGAUUGACCCUCAGACUCAAGUGACAAGAAUAAGUUUUCCACUCAGUGAGGUGUGUCAGUUUGCGGCCCACCAGGAGAACAGCAGGCUGAUGGGUUUGGUGGUGGAGGGGCGGGACUGGAGCGACGGCGGCGAAGACGGCGAGCCUUCAUUUAGCACCUUCGUCUUCGAGAGCAACACGGAAGGCGAGAAGAUUUGCUACACCAUGAGUCUGGCCAAGGACAUCACCGAAGCUAAGAAGGACCCUGCGGCGCUGGCCCAGCUUAUGAAGAACAUGCCGCUGACCAACGACGGCAAAUUCUUGCUACUGGACCACGAGAGCACCGACACGGCCGACGGGGACGGACUAGAGGACCUGGAAUCUGAGGCCUAGGAAUCUAAAAUCCUGUCCCCCUAUCUUUAGAAACCACAAGCUGGAAGACUCCAGGAAUGGAUGAAGGUGGGCUCAUUACCUUUUUAUACCGGAGGGACUUUUAUGUUGAUUUGAAUGCUCAUUGGCUCAAGUGGAAUUUGGAGCCAAUCAAAGGUAACCAUCAGCCGGUUCAUUGUCAGUCAUCUUUUACUUCGUGCUUACCGUAAUUCCUCAAAUAGUGGCCACCGAGAAAAAGGAAUAUCAUGGAGAAUCUCUGCGUCAGAGACCAGAAUAAAAUGGUGACGAUUUACUUCAAAGACGUUGAUCUAAGAAAGUCAGGCAAUAUUAUUUUACUUCUCAUAUUAUGAAAAAAAGUUGGUGACGUUUGAAUCCAAUGAAAAUAUUUGUCAGAGUAAUACCAUAAAUUCAUAUGACAAGAAAAACAUUUUAAAUUCCCAUCAAAUGAAGCUGUGAUGUGGAGAAAUAAUGUUUUUGGUUUAGUUUUCCACAACUAAAUGAUAAAUCUAAAUAUUAUUGUUAUGAGAACUCCAAGUCAAAAAGUUUGCGUUGGCCGGGAAUCGAACCCGGGUCAACUGCUUGGAAGGCAGCUAUGCUCACCACUAUACCACCAACGCUCUGCUUCAGUGAGGAAUGUCUUAGCACAAAAAGGGGACGUCAGUGGUUUUCCCACCACAGCAGGGCAGGAAACUGCUUUUCCUUUUAUGGAAAGAUGGGCGGAGCUAAACCUGAGACUCAGCUCAGCAUUCUGGAUGGCUUGAUGCACUGCAACACCCCGCACCCGCAACUACAUCUUCCAAGAGAAAUUCACUUUUCCAGCAGCUCUGCAAAAAUGUCCUAAAUGAACUUAAUCACAAAAUUAAAUAAAACCAAAGCAAAACCACAGCAAAAUAGGGAACAGGUCAUGUGACAUUUGUCGUCAUUUUGGUGGAGCAAGGCAGUGAUAGUAAUCUGCCAUGGAACUGCUCUGUCAGAAGAUGAAACUGUGCAUUGAAUGAUGCUGCCAGUAGAGUCAGUAGAACAUCUACAGCAGCUUCUUCCAUACGUUGAAGGACGCCAGCCUUCUGAGGAAGUCCAGAUGACUUUGCCAUCAUGUCAUCCAGAUACACUCCCACAUACCAGGUGGGAACCACCUUUCAUGAGAACAGGUUGUGGGUGUGUCCUGUUUCUCCUGAAGUCCACCACCAUUUAGUCCUGGUGAAGGUGAAGGUGAUUUGUGUCGCACCAGUUGACGAAGGCUUGGAUCUGUUUUCCGUACUCAUCCUCCUGUCCAUUCCUGAUACAUCCCAGAAUGGCCGUAUCGUCCACGUACUCCUGUACACGGCAUAGCUCGGGAUUUUACUGAAAGGCGGACAUGUACAGGGUAAACAGAACAGUUCCUUGUGGUGCUCCCGUACUGCUAGUCCCAGUGUCGGACCUGCAGUUCCCCAGUCACACAUACUGAUAACAAGGGAAACAAAGUUCAUUCCAUUCAAUUUUCCUUUGGUUAUCCGGGUCGCAGGGGCAACAGUCUCAGUCGGGAAGUCCAGACUUUCCCAUCCCCGGCCACCUCCUCCAGUUCCACCAGGAGUAAUCCUUCCAGCAUGUCCUGGGUAUUUUAUGUUAAGUAUACACAUUCCGUGUUGCCCUGGUUCUCGCCUUUUCCUGAUCAAUAUUUCCUUGUUUCAUUGGGGUGGCCGAGGUGAGACCAUUACUCACGACGGGGUGGCAAUUAGCUGAUACCUCCAUGGCCAGUGGGGUGGCCGGAGUGACCAGGGUGGCCACAACAUGAGGAAAUGCGGUAGCGCUUCUUUGAAAAACGGUACAUUACUCCAGUUUACAGGCUUUGGGGUCCUGGCAGCAGAUCUCAGAUCAGCUCCACAUGGUCCUCACAGCAUCUUCUUUGUAAGGAAAGGUAUCUUUGCUUAGGUUUACAUUUAAUAUAUAUAUGAUAUUUUCUAGCUUUUCUUUUCUUCCGUGCGUACAUUUUCAUUUUUGAUGUCCAUUUUGCACUCUAAAAGGGUUCAUGAAGUGUGUGUUUUAGUCCUUAAUUAUUAAUGUUUGGCGGCUUUAGAUUGCACUAAUUGAUUGAUUGACGAAGGCGGUUAAGACAUUCCAGUGUUGCAUGAUCAGCAUCAGGCAAAGGAAAUCAUGACUAAGUGUUGUUUUUUUCUCCAACCUUCUACCACCACUGCUACGUCUACCUGUACUACCUGUGUGUACUCCAUCAACAGUCGGGAUUGAUGAAAAAAAACAUGCAUAUGACAUCCAAUUAAAGCAUGGCAUCUUUAA